ACAAAUAUCCAAAGAUGAACAUUAUACGGACAUCCUUUUCCCGACUGUGUGGAAUAACUAAUUUCACCAGCAUUCCUGCAGGGAAACUUGCAGUGACUGGCAACUCUCACCUUAGAUUAUUCAGCAUCUGGAUUGUGCCCAGAGCAGACGCAGGACUUCCGAUUUCCAGAUGUGGGCCCCUCUCUUCACGAGCUGAGGGUUCAGGAGUGUUCCAACAGCUUCCGUGGCAGUACCAGCAGGUACGGACACGGAAGAGAGGCACUGAGUAUCAGCCCAAGAACAUCAAACGCAAGAGGACCCACGGCUGGAUCAAGAGGAUCAGCUCUCAGAGCGGCAUCGAGGUGCUUCUACGGCGCAUGUUGAAGGGACGGAAAUCACUCUCACACUGACGGACCCUGUUGGACAACCUGCAAGACAUUGGUUCAGAAAUGCUGCUGUUGCUAAGGGUGCUCACCAAAGACCUUGUGUGUUGGGUUAACUGGUGAUACUGGGUGUCGGUUGGGUUUGCCCCCCCCCCCCCCCUUCAAUAAUAAUGGGUGGGAGGAUGAGAACUGGCUAUUUGCUUUGGGUAAAAAGAAACCUGAUAGUUUCACCCAGUUAUUUUUGAUCCAUAAUGUUUUGUUCAUUACCAGCAAAUGUUAUCAUUUAUAAAGUCAUUUGAUUCAAAGACAAAAUGUGUCUCUAGAGAUCCGUGUCAUGUCAUCUUAUCUGAUCUCAAAUGAAAACACCAAUUCUGGUUGACUUGAAAAUAAA